GUUUUCUGUGCUUGAUGUCAUCAGCUGUGAGAGUUGGCUGCUGAGGUGCUUUGUCCUUUGUCAGUCCUGAGGACACCGAGUUCUCUGUGUAUUCUCCUCUCCCUGGGAUUUCACACAUUACUUUCUAAGGUACAGCUUUGCUAUGGCCACGAAAACGCUGGUUUUCCGCAGCCAAGAAGAGCACACUGAUCAAAGGUUUCAGAGCCUGAGAACAGCUUCAAAGACUACAAAGAAGAAAUUUAAGUCAAGUGAGGAAGAUGUUGUUGGCCAGGACUCCUUUCCUUUUGUGUCCCCUGAAGUUCUGUCUGUGAAAGAAUUCCUGAACCUUGACUCUGCAGCUGCUAAGAAAUCCUGGGCGGUGGAAAACCAGAUUGCUGUCACGGAGGAGCAGCUGGAGAUGGAGAAGAGGACACUGUUUGGCAACGAGAUGGAGAAGCUGGAAGUUGAAGUGAUAGAGUCUAACAAAGUCUUGAGAGUCAGGGCCGACCACAACGCAUGGCGUAAAAGGGCUGAGGAGAAGUCUUUGCAGCUGCAGAAGACUUUUGAGGAGCGGGAGAGACGCACUCCUGAGGUCCUGUUCCCUCUGAGGCACCACACUGUCUGGGAAGGAAUGGGAGUGAAGCUGUCCUGCACCUUUGAGGGCUGUCCCAAACCAGAGAUCAAAUGGUACAAGGAUGGAGUUCUCCUACAAAGCUCUUCUCACCCCGGCAAGUAUAGAAUUCAAAGCAGGUUUGGCCACAACACACUAGAGAUCAGCAGGUGUACAAUUGCGGAUUCCGCUGAAUACAAAGUCGUUGCCACAAACAAACUGGGAGAAGCCUUCUCGUUCGCUACUGUUCUUGUUAACUCGUAUCAAGGUGUACAGUCAGGAUAUGAAUCCACAAAAAGCACAAUUUUAGUCUCCGAGAUGGAAGCAGACUUUGACCAAACCUUACAGCCGUCCUUCCCAAGAGAGGGAGGAUCUCUCACUCUCUCCUGCAAGUUUUCUUCAGAUUUGCUGACAUAUCAGCGGGCCCUCCUGUGGUUUAAAGACGGAGUUCCACUCCCGGAGUCCCAGCGGAGGCAGCUGCACACUGGGUCUCGCUCAGCCUCCCUGACGAUAACUCAGGUUUAUAAGGAGGACGAGGGCUUGUACAGCAUCCACCUGCCGACUCUCACCGGAGUCAAGGAGCAAAGCGCCUAUGUCUUUGUCAGAGACGCAGCAGCUGCUGUCACGGGCGCACCAGGGUCCCCUUUGGACGUGGAGUGCAGUGACAUUAAUAAAGAUUAUGUCUUCCUUACCUGGAAACCACCGAGUGCAGAUGGCGGGAGCCCUGUGGUGGGGUAUUUCAUUGACAGGUUGGAUAUAGGCUCCGGGCAGUGGGUGCAGUGCAAUGACGCCCCCCACAAGCUCUGUCGUUUCCCUGUGGUGGGCCUGCGUGAGGGCGGGAUCUAUCAGUUCAGAGUGCGAGCCGUCAACAAAGCUGGGGUCGGGCGGCCUUCCAAGAAGACUGAAGCUGUGACUAUGGUGGACCCAUCUGAGGCUGAAAGAGUGAUGGUGAUACAGCUGGAAAAAGGCAAGAUAGUUAUUACUAAAGACCAACUUGAAGGAGACAUCCUGAUCCCCCUGCCUCCUACCGAUGCCCAUGUCAGUGAGGUCAGCGGGGCCUGUGUUGUCCUGAGCUGGACUGAGCCAGACCCCAGGGGCCGGGAGCCUCUGACCUACUACAUAGAAAAGUCUGUAGCUGACAGUAACAGCUGGCAGAGGGCUAACUUGGAGAUCCCAGUGCACUCCCCCAGAUUCCCGGUUUUCAACCUCACCAAAGGAAAAUCCUACUGCUUCCGAGUCCGUGCUGUCAAUAAGUAUGGAGUGAGCGAACCGUCUCUUCCCAGUGAAGCCGCCUCACUGAGAGAAACUGUUGUGGUGCCCCCUCCUCCACAUGGGGUUGUGUCCACCAGGAACACAAACACCUCCGUGGUCCUGCAGUGGAAGAGCCCAAAGGACGUUCGGGAUAUUAUUGGCUAUUACAUUUACUGCUGUGAGGUCGGGACAGACAACUGGAUGACUGUCAACAACAAGCCAGUAACCUCCACAAGAUUUAUAGUUCACGGCCUGGUGGCUAGAAAGAAGUAUGUGUUCCGGAUAAAGUCAGUGAGCGCAGCCGGGAUCAGUGAUUACUCGGAAGAGUCGGCACCCCUCGUAGUGAAAACUGCUAUCUCUGCCCCCUCCACUCCAUCUAGCAUUGCUCUGCUGAGCUGUGGGAAGAGUGAGAUGGUGAUUGGCUGGAGAGCUCCCAAGUGGAACGGCGGGGAUGUAAUCCAAGGCUACUUCUUGGACCAGGUGGAUGUAUCAGAGUCAGUUUGGCAUGAAGUCAAUGUUAAACCCAUUGCAACACAAGUCUUCAAGGUUGGAAACCUGAAAGAAGAUCAUCUGUACCAGUUCCAGGCUACUGCAAUGAACUGUGUGGGAGUGGGAAAGGCUUCAGAGCCCAGCGAUCCGUUCUUGUGUAAAGAGUGGACCAUGCCUGAGCCUGGCCCCCCCUAUGAACUGCUGUACAGAGAGGUUCGGAGGAAGUCCCUGGUGCUUCUCUGGGAGCCCCCAGUCUACACAGGCCAGAGCCCAGUCACUGGAUACCUGGUAGAUAUUUGUGAAGUGGGAUCAGACGAAUGGAAAGCAGUGACAGAGGAGCCGACAUCGAAUACCUUCUUGAAGGUUCCUGGACUGGAAGCUGGUAGAAGCUACAUGUUUCGAGUGUUUGCUGUAAAUGCUGCAGGAGUUGGUGAACCCUCUCUGCCAUCGGAAGAGGUGAAGGCUGAAACCAAGCCAGGCAUGAAGGAUGUUGAAAUCGGUGUGGAUGAGGACGGGUUCAUAUUCCUGGAAUUCCAGACUCCAGAGUGGAAUGAGUCUUCCGAGUUCCUCUGGACCAAGAACUACAGCAAAGCCAUAGAUCAGGGGAGGAUCAGGAUUGAAUCAAAAGAUGACAGGUCCAGACUUAUCUUAACCAAUCCAUCAGAACAGGACCUUGGUCUGUAUACUGUGGCCAUGAGCGAUAUUGAUGACAUCUCCUCAAGUUACACUUUUACAGAUAAAGAGCUGGAAACAUUGCUGGAGCUCAGCUGGGAAAUCCGAAACCCGUUGAUCGCUCUGAAGUCUAAUUGGGCCGUUGAGGUGUCUGAGAAAGGAGAUGUCCGCCUCUGGUUACAGGUUAAGAAGCUGAGCUCGGCUGCCGAGCUGAAAUUAAUCUUCAACAAGAAGGAGAUUGCAAGCACGGCUACACACAAGAUCAAUUUUGACAGAGCCACUGGGAUAGUGGAAGUGUUGAUUGACAAUUUCUCUGAAGUGGAUAAAGGCUCCUACACAGCACAGCUCAGAGAUGGACGAGCCAAGAAUCAGUUCACCUUUGUGCUCAUAGAUGACAAUUUCAAACAGGCGCUGGCUCAGUCUGAGUUUAAGAGGCGUGACUGGAAGAGAAAAGCAGGUCCACAUUUCCUGGAGUUUUUGACAUGGAAAGUUACUGAGGAUUGUGAACUUCAUUUUUCAUGCAAGGUCACCAAUAUGAAGAAGGAAACCAGUCUGAAAUGGUUCAAAGAUGGAGUGGAGGUUACAGGCGUUGAGUACAACCCCCAGACAGGAAUCAGCACGUUAGUAGUAACACAGGUAACAAAGAAAGAAGAGGGCAUUUACAAAGUAGUGUUGUGUGAUGAAAGAGGAGAAGAUACCAGUGUCAUUGAGUUAGUGGGUGAAGGUUAUGAAAAAGUUCUUAGGGACCUUUCAAGAGCAUGUGCUCUGUCUGCAAGCCCAUUGAAAAUCCAGUGCACUAUGCAAGGUUUCAAGCUUUAUUGCUCAUUGAAAUACUAUUUGGAUUACAUGAAAACGAGCUGGCAUUUCAAAGAGAAGAGGAUUGAUGGGGAAGAGAGAACAAAGACUGGGAGCAGCAUACAGAAGGUGUGGAUCGAGAUCUUUAGCCCCACUGAGGCUAACAAGGGCAAAUACACUCUGGAGAUGUUUGACGGCAGAGAGACGCACAAAAGAACCCUUGACUUGUCUGGACAAGCUUUUGAUGAUGCCCUAAUUGAAUACCAGAGACUCAGGCAAGCAGAUAUCGCUGAUAAGAAUCGUGCAAGGGUGACCAAGGGUUUGCCCGAUGUGGUGGCUAUUAUGGAAGAUAAGUCCCUGUGUCUCACCUGCUUCACCUCUGGAGAUCCCUCCCCUGAGGUGUUUUGGCUGAAGAAUGACAGAGAAAUCGUCAUGGGAGGCCAGUACAAUAUCACAAAGGACAAUGUUGGCAGCACCAUCACCAUCAACACAGUGACCACAGAAGACUCUGGCAAAUACAGCGUCUUCGCCCGAAACAAACAUGGCUCUGAAACCGUGUCCGUCACUGUCAGUGUGUACAAGCAUGGGGAGACGCCCAAACAAGGAGAAGUACUAAUAUAGAAAAAAAAAAUGGAAGUCAAGCAGGACUGCGUUUAUAAAGGCUGAUGUUACGACCAGCAGGAUUAUUACUGGCACUAAGGCAACAGAUUCUGCUGCUGGACAAAACAAAUUUUUAAUAUAACUACCUAUUUCACUAAACUUAAAGUCAAUAAAAUAUAAGUAUUUAUCUUUCUUCAGCCCCGAUGUUAAACUACUGGCAGAAGUCUAUCAGAAGAAGUCCGCUGUCUCCAGCUUUUAUAAAAGCCAGAUCUAAAUAAUUUGAUCUUACCAGUUAAAUCUAGAGCCAUGAGCAGCUAUAAGGAAUGCAUUGUUUAGAAGUGUGAGUCUGGGUAGUUUUUUUUUUUUUUUUUAAUAUUAAGAACAGAUACAAUACUGGUAGUUGAAGUCUGCAUGAAUUUGUGUUCAGAAUUCAAUUAGUAACUAUAUUGUCGAUUGUUAAAAUAAAAAGGCCUUGCUAUCACAGCUAUAUUGCACUCAAUGAGGAUUUGGAAAUCAUGCAGUCUGCCUUUACAUUAAUGUAAUCUAUGCAUUGUUUCCUCUGUUCAAGCCUAUUAACGCUGUUGUAAAGACUGGUUCAUCUGCUAUCGACCUUGCUUGCUACUGUUUAUUUUGUCAUCAUACGGACAGAAGCCAUUGUUAUACACAUGCAAAUAAAGCUGGUGUCUUUCAAA